CUGUAUUGCCUGCAAUUUUGGCGAUAAAUAUGUGUUCUAUUACUUCUAUUAAUUUGUUGUGCUAAACUUGCUACGCGAAUGACAAAAAAAUGUGCGCAGUUUUGUAUCGAUCGCAAUCACAUUAUAACAAUCGUUCAACGUUCUCUUAUUAAACAAAUAUUUGUUAAUAAUAAACUAUAGGUAGUUCAUGGCUUCCACUGUAGCGUGAAUUAUUUUGGUAGAACGGGUAUUUCCUUAGUUUGAAAAUGGAGUAUUUAAAAGAUAAAUUUCGAUCACUGACAAAUGUUUUUAUUUCCCGAAUUAGAGAAAGUAACAAAGAACGGGAAGUGAGUAGAUAUGAAAUUUAUUUGGAUCAUACUUUUAAAAUUCUCAGUUGGGAGAAUAAUACUCUCACUUUAGUGAUAUUCUUGAUACUUAAUUUUAUAUUUUGGGUGAUAGUACAGUGGCAGCUGAAAUUCUUUGGUGUGUUUUUCUUUAGUAUUUUAUUAGGAUUCUUGUGGGAUACUUAUUUUGAAACCAAAGAAUGCACAGUUUAUCGAGGACAUUAUUUAGAAGUUAUAGAUGAUAUAUGGUGCACUGUUUAUGAUAUUAUUCUAAAUUUAAAGUCGCUGCGCAAGGAAAGCCCUUCAUCCUUUUGUCUUGGGAUGUCAAUGGUUUGUCUUUUCAUGAGCUUCAUUGCAGGAAAUAUUUCUGGUUAUGUUUUAUUAUAUUUUAUGAUACUCGGAAUAUUUUUUAUUCCGUUAGGAUUUAAAUAUCUCCCAGAACGGUAUAUUAUUGAUCUGAAAGAAGUACUGAAGUCAAUAGGUACAUCUAAAGGAGUUUUAGCAGAAGAGGAAUUGAUUCCGUUUAUUUCUAAUAAAGAUUUUAGUAGAAAAGAUACUGAUUUGGAUAGUCUUUUGACUGAUAGAACUGCAGACUCGGUAACAAAUUCUAUGGCUAGCGGAAUAAGUGCUAUGCCUUCAUACCUAGAAGUAACAGAAAGUCAAAAUGGAAUAGAAGAAGAUGACUUAUUACCAAAGAAUAUGACCCAAGAUGGAAUCUCUUACACUCCUGGAGAAUUGUCUAGCGAUUCGGAUUCCGAUCAUCGUGCUAUUCAGUUUGAUUCGGCACACUUCAACGGAGACAGUUCAUCAGAAGAGGAAAAUGUACAUGUGAAAGGGUUGAGAUUUUCAGCUGAUCCGGGUGAAGAACCCCACAAGAAAACAGCUACAGAAGUGGGAUUAUCGGUAGUUUUAAGUAAUUUUGCGGCAGUUGGAGGUACAUUAGUUUCCAAAGUACUAAAUUCUGCAGCGUCAAAUGCUCCUGUUGUAAGGAAAAACAGCAGUGAUAGCGAAUUUGAGAUUAUCGACUCUGAAGAAAUUGAAGAUCAGUAAUAAUUUUAUGCAACUUAACUCUGCUGGUUAUUACAUUGUGAUAUGUUUGGUGUUAUUAGAAUAAGUAUUUUAGUUUACAAUUUGUGAUUUGAUUUUAAUUAGGAUAGAAAGUGUGAACCAGUUAUUAACAUAAUAUAGAUUAAAUAGUA